AGCACACUUCCCAUUCUCGAAAGGGGGGAGGGAGCCUCCCCCGAAACGCCACAAUCCCGCCAGCUUGGAAACCCUGUGAAUCGCAAUCCAGCUCGGCGACAGAACAUGCUUCGUUUUUCCUUCUCGCCUCUUCGAUGCGAUGCGCCAGAGUCACCGCGGUGGUAGUGUCCUCGGACAUGACCCUGGGCUGGGACGACGAGAGGCUAAAAAUGCGAACGCCCGAUGCAAUGCAGAACCCAGACAGAAGAGUUCCAUGGACCUUCGAGAAGCCCGCCACGCAUGUCAGAGAGAAUGCCGGCGCAUUGCCCUUCAGUACCUGUGCGCUUUUCUCAAGUUCUCACACCGCAACCCGAGAGUUAUCCUACACCCCGGAGCAAGAGGCACACCUCGGAAAAAGAAAAGACCAGCAAAAAGCAAUGAAGAAACAAUGGACGAGAGGCAACAUAGACACACACACACACACAUACACGCAAGCAGACACGUGCGAAAUUCGGCUCAGGUCGCGUUGACAGCGGCGAUCUCGGGUUCGCUGGCCAGGCAGCCAAGGACAGGCAUUCGGUCGAUUGUGCAUACCGUACCUAUCUGGCGGAGGCCAACACGCCGCACCGCGAGAGCGAAUGUUUCUGCGAAUAAGACGCCGACCGCGCUGAAUCAAAGUUGGCUCGGUCAGAAGGGCGUGCCGCGAAGCUGAAAAAAGUGAGACAGGAUGCCGACAUAAGACUCGGCAGCAGAGCAGGGAGAAGACAACGCCCCAAAUCUCUGGUUUUUUCCCCCUCGGCCGGCCGUGCUAUGCUGUUGCUGGGCUCACAUCUACUAACGUUCAAUGGCAAGAGACUGCGAGU